AUGUCCAGCACAAUAGAUACGGCCAAAUUGGCCUUGAUCCCCCAGGGCGCAGCCUACGGCCUGCUAAUCGGCCUGGGGGUCGUAUUUUGUGGAGUCAUUCUAUUUGCAGUCAAUAUUCAAAAGGCCUAUCUUUCCGAAGACUCUGGGACGUCGGAAAUGUUCAUGGUCGCGAAUCGGUCGGUUGGAACGGGUCUCACUGCCUCUGCUGUCUUUUCAUCUUGGAUGUGGAUCAAUGAGACAGUGUUGGCAGCCGCAAUGACUUACAACUAUGGCUUGGCACUUCCCCUGUGGUGGGGCUCUGGGCUAUGCUUUCAAAUCGCGCUGAUGGCAGCACUUGGUGUCAUGGCAAAGAUUCGCGUACCUUAUGCGCAUACGUCCCUUGAAAUUGUACGAAUGAGAUAUGGAAAAAUCGGUCAUCUUGUUUUCAUCGUCCUCAACCUGGUAAACAACGUCUUUGGAUGUGCGUCAAUGAUCAUGACUGGUUCCCAGUUGAUCUAUGGCGUCUCUGGGAUGAACUUUGUGGCAGCAACGAUCUUGGUUCCGCUUGGAGUUGUUCUUUAUACGGCAGUUGGAGGUCUCAAGGCGACCUUUUUGACUGACUUCCUCCACACCGCGAUCGCACUGAUCCUCAUUAUUUACUUUACUCUAUCAGUCUUAACACAUGAGGCUGUCGGGGGCCUUGGCGGCUUGUACGACAAAGUAGUCGCUACUUCAGGGGAAAAUUACAUAUCUGGCAACUACGAAGGCUCGCUACUCACCUUCAAAUCUAAAGGGGCAAUUGUCUGGGGAUUGAUUUUGAAGUUUGGAAAUUUAGCUUUGGUAGUCAUGGACACUGCGUUUUGGCAAAAGUCCUUUGCAACAGAGGUCCGAGCUACAGUCCCCGGAUAUAACAUUGCUGCGAUAGCGGUAUUUGGCAUUCCCUGGGGCUUGGGUACUGUGAUUGGGUUGUCAACACGAGCAAUUCACAACACACCAAUUUUCCCUACUUAUCCUGACCAGUUGACCUCUACAGAAGUGAGUAUGGGUAUGGUGAUGCCAUAUACCAUCAAGGCCCUUAUUGGUGAUAAAGGCAUAAUUGGCUUCUUUUUUCUCCUUUUCAUGGCCCUCACCAGCACUGUGUCAUCGUCAAUGAUUGCCGUGAGCAGCAUUCUGUCUUACGAUAUCUAUAAGACCUACAUAAACCCCUUGGUAACUGACAAGAACCUUGUUCGUGUCAGUCAUCUGACUGUCGUUCUUCACGGUAUAUUCAUCACCGGUAUUUCCAUCGCAAUGAACUAUGGAGGGGCCAACAUGACUUGGAUCGGCUAUCUAAGACCUGUGAUAUCUUGUCCUGGCAUUAUUCCUCUUGUAUUGACUCUUUUCUGGUCUCGUCAAACUCGCCUCGCUGCUGUGGUAUCUCCGAUACUUGGAUUCUUUUCUGGUCUUGCUGUCUGGUUAGCGACAGCAAAAUCCAUGUAUGGGGCUGUCAAUAUGGAGACCACAUCUAACGAAUAUCCGGCACUCUAUGCCGCUAUUGCAUCUUUCUUCUCGCCUGCAUUGUACUCUGUCCUGAUUUCCAUCUACAAACCUUCAGUCUUUGAUUGGCGAGAAUUUCUGCGAAUCGAGUUGGCAGACGAAGAACAAUCCCAAAAAGACUCGGCUACCAGUACUUUGAAUGAGAGUGGUGAAUUCAAGGAGAGCCUUCCGGCUGUUUCUACUGACUACUUCAAAACCCCCGAAGAGCCGCAGAUACAGUCAACAAGAGACAGCGAUACUUCGGACUCGAAAGAUACAUCCAAGGAGCAAAAACCGCCGGUCAACUCCGUAUCUACAUCCACACCACAGCAUGACCUCGAUGAUAUUCAGCACCCAUUCGACGAGGCGACAUUGAAGGAGCUCUAUAGGUGGCUCAAGAUUGCCUGUAUCACAUUCGUGGUAAUUGUCUUGGUCACCUUUGUAGCCUGGCCUCUUCCACUCUACCGAGAUUAUAUUUUUACAAAAUCAUUCUUCUCCGGUUGGACAACGGUGGCUAUUAUAUGGCAAUUUGGGGCAUUUGGGGCGGUUGUCAUUUUCCCUCUUUAUGAUGGCAGACAUGCAAUCGCGACCGCAACUCGGGGUUUACUCAAAUCUUCCAAGGCUUACUUAAAUCGAAAGCCAACAAAAUAG